AAAAAGCAUAAAAUUAUCCUCAACUUUGGUUCUAUAUUUGGCUGUGUCUCUCAGCCUCUUUUUUUUAUUUCAUGUGCCGGCCACAGCCAGUGGAGAACAGCACCUCGGCUCCCAGUGAAACCCUAUACUUUCCCCUUCUGCUGUUCCCUCCCACUCUGUCCACCCAUCUGAAAGGUUUCUGGAGAUACCUUCAAACUCUUCUUAAAAACUCUGUACACUGGAUGCACACCCUGGAAUAAAUAAGAAGCUCUCCUUGAUUUGUGGUGUCUGCAGAGGGGAAUAUUUUGGAUUACUAUCCCCUAAUGAUGCUGCUGCUGUGCUGAUUCAGAGCGUGAGCGCUGGAGGCAGAGAGAGAGUGAUUCCUUCAGUGAGACUGACUCACCAUCCAGACUGAGGAGCUUGAUGGUCGUAGUAAGCUGAGCAAAACAGAACCAAGACAAGGCGGCGAUGGAAUUUCGACUGGGAUUUAGGAUCACCCUGGUCUGGUUCGUCCUGGCCCUGACUCUUUCCGGAGAGGGAGUAGAAGCACAGAGGGCAGGUUGUAAAAACGUCCACUAUGACUUGGCAUUUAUAAUAGAUACCUCAUCCAGUGUGGGAAAAGAAAAUUUUGAGAAAAUUAGGCAAUGGGUUGCAAACUUGGUAGAGUCAUUUGACAUAGCACCUGACAAAACUAGAGUGGCAGUGGUUCGCUACAGUGAUAAACCAACCACUGAGUUUACCCUGGGGAGAUACAGGACCCUGGAAGAUGUGAAGCAGGCUGCCCGGAACAUACGCUACCUGGGAGGAAAUACAAUGACUGGAGAUGCUAUCAGCUACACCACCGACAACAUCUUCACGGAGAGCAGCGGAGCAAGGCCGCUCGCUCGAGGCAUUCAAAAGGUGGCCAUUCUGCUAACAGAUGGCCGAAGUCAGGAUUAUGUACUGGAGCCCUCCAGGUUAGCCGCCAAAGCUGGAAUCCGGAUGUUCGCUGUUGGCAUUGGGGAGGCUCUGAAGGAAGAGCUGGAGGAAAUCGCGGCUGAGCCAAAGAACGCCCAUGUCUUUCACGUGACUGACUUCAACGCCAUUGAUAAAAUUAGGGGCAGGCUAAGGAGGAGGCUCUGCGAGAAUGUCCUGUGUCCAAAGAUGAAGGUUCAACCUGAUCGCUUUAAGCCCAACAGCACCAGUUAUGGUCUGGAGGAGGUUCCAGGGUUCGACCUCAUGAAGUACUUCAACGUUAAGGACAUCCUGGGGGCCAGGCUUGAUGAAGGCCAGAGUUCAUAUGUUCGCCUUGGGACAAUGCCAAUAGUCCAACAAACAGAGGAUGUGUUUCCUCAGGGCUUACCAGAUGAAUACGCUUUUGUGACCACAUUCAAAUUCAGGAAAACCUCAAGACGAGAGGACUGGUACCUCUGGCAGAUUUUUGACAAAUAUGGAAUCCCACAGGUUUCCAUACGUCUGGACGGUGAGAACAAAGCAGUGGAGUACAACGCAGUGGGGUUGACGAAAGAUGCUGUCAGAUCUGUGUUCAAGAACCCUGAAGUAGACAACCUCUUUGACCGCAACUGGCACAAAAUAGCCCUCAGUGUGGAUGCUAAGUCUGUGGCCCUGUACCUGGACUGCAAACACAUCCAGACUUUGCCGAUCGAAGACCGUGAAGACAUAGACAUUCAGGGGAGGACAGUGAUUGGGAAAAGGCUGUACGAUAGUGUUCCGAUAGAUUUUGACCUCCAGAGGAUGAUGAUUUACUGUGAUUCCAAACAUGCAGAGCUAGAAACCUGCUGUGAUCUCCCUAAUGGGCCUUGCCCUAAGAAGGUUGUGACAGAGGCUCCUCCGAUAUGGAUCCCCACACCAACACCGACUGUUGCAGAGCAGAAAAAAGGCCCUGAAGCGAACUGCUCCUGCCCUCCAGGGACGAAGGGAGACGUCGGCCCACGUGGUUUUCCAGGUCUAAAGGGUGACAAGGGUGACAUUGGCCCUAAGGGGGCCUUCGGACCACCAGGCAUCAAAGGGGAAAAAGGAGACUCUGGCAAACUGACCUCUGUCAAAGGUGACAGAGGGGAGAAGGGUGAUAGAGGGAUGAUAGGGUUAACAGGUCCUCCUGGACAAAAGGGGGAGAAGGGUACCGGUGGUGUGCCUGGUAUUGAUGGUCUAACUGGUGACAAAGGAGACAAAGGAGAAGCAGGCAGACCUGGAGCUGCAGGGUUACCAGGUCCAUCUGGACAGAAGGGAAUCCAAGGAGAUGCUGGAACUCCAGGUUCACCCGGACCGAAGGGCGUUGUUGGUGAUUCUGGUGUGAAAGGAGAAAAGGGAAAUCCAGGAGCGGGUGGUCUACCAGGUGUGGACGGAUUACCAGGAAAGCCUGGAUUUCCUGGGAAAGAUGGUUUGAGAGGACUGGCUGGAACACCCGGGCCAAAUGGAAUCAAAGGCAACAAGGGGGAUCGAGGCCCUCCUGGAUUACCUGGGGAUAUGGUCCAACUGGAAGGCCUGAGAGGUGAAAGGGGAGAACCUGGACCUCGUGGGCCACCAGGGGCAGAUGGUCCCCCUGGACCUCCAGGUCCUAUGGGGGCAAAAGGUCUGCCUGGUGAGCGUGGAGAACGAGGAAGGAAAGGUGACAAUGGACUGCCGGGAGUAGAUGGCCUUCCUGGACCUCAGGGUUCAGCAGGUCAGCCAGGCUCACCGGGGCCACCAGGACCACUCGGUCCCCCUGGUCUCCCUGGUGAACGAGGGUCUCAGGGUAAACCAGGAGACACAGGGAAACCUGGUCUUCCUGGUAAAGAUGGUCUGGAUGGUCUUCCUGGCGCUGAUGGGAAUAUGGGACCCAGAGGAGAAAGGGGAGCAGAUGGUUUUCCUGGCAAGCCUGGACCUAAGGGUGACGAAGGGCCUCCUGGACCACGGGGCCCUCCUGGGGAGAGAGGAGAAGCUGGCUCCCCUGGUCAACCAGGUGCAGAUGGAGCUCGAGGAGAGAGAGGAAUUCCGGGAGAAAAAGGAACAGAGGGACGAUUUGGGCCAAAAGGUGAAAAGGGUGACAAGGGUGAAGUUGGACCGAGAGGACUCCCUGGGGUUCCAGGAGAUGUUGCGAACGUAAUCCCUGAGCCUGGAGAACCAGGGAAGCCAGGAGAGAAAGGAGAAAAGGGAGAACAAGGAAAUCCAGGAGAGAUGGGCCAAAGAGGCGUACCUGGUGAACAAGGUUUCCAAGGGCCAGUAGGAGCACCUGGCCCAAAGGGAGAUGCAGGACCCACAGGGGAGACUGGUCGUGUAGGAGACCCUGGUCAACCUGGUCCAGCAGGACCUCAGGGGCUUCGGGGACCACCAGGAAAUGCGGGCAUUCCAGGCAUAAUCGGACCUCCUGGUCCAGCAGGACAAAGAGGAGAUAAGGGUGAACCAGGUAAACCAGGACAAUCUGGCCCCCAAGGCCCACCUGGAGAGCCUGGUUUGAUUGGACCUCCUGGACCACCUGGGAAGGGCAGAGAUGGCCAAAACGGAGAGCCAGGACCACCAGGGAUUCAAGGAAUACCCGGAACAAAGGGCUCACCAGGGCCACGUGGACAGCCAGGUUUACCCGGGGACAGGGGACCCCAAGGGGAGGGAAAAGAGGGACCUCCAGGGCCUCCAGGAAAAAAUGGGGAGCCAGGACCUGCGGGACUGAGAGGUCCACCGGGGGUUGCAGGUCCCCAAGGCCCAGCAGGCCACAACGGUUUACCAGGAAGGCCAGGAGAAAAAGGAUCACAAGGAGAGCCUGGAAAAGCAGCAGACCUUUCUGACCUGAACCUGAAGGACAUUUGCUCAGACUGCCCUGCAGGUCCUCCUGGACCACCUGGACUGCCAGGACUCCCCGGAGAUAAAGGACACCAAGGACCUGCUGGGAAAAAUGGCCAAGAUGGAUAUCCAGGACCGCCUGGACCAUCCGGACCUCAAGGGCCUCCUGGAGCUGAUGGAACAAAGGGUGUAAAAGGCGAUCAAGGACCUCCUGGAGGUCCUGGAGAUAAAGGGGACAAGGGCCACCCUGGACCCCCUGGUCAUCCGGGUCCUGCAGGAUUAAUGGGUUCUCCUGGUAACGAUGGGCAGCCCGGACAGGUUGGCCCCCCAGGACCCCCUGGAGAAAAGGGCAAAGAGGGUCUCAAAGGAAUCCAAGGACCACCGGGUCUUCCUGGCAUGAUAGGUCUAACUGGAAAAACAGGAAAAGAUGGCAGACCAGGUGAACCAGGAGAACCUGGGAAGCAAGGUGAACCUGGACCUCCAGGAAACCCAGGACUCCGGGGACUCCCUGGCUUCAAGGGCCACAGAGGAGAGCCAGGACUUCCAGGUUCAAAGGGAGAGGAUGGGAAGCCUGGGUCAGCAGGACGUGACGGCAAACCUGGAAAGGAGGGUCCCAAAGGACCACCUGGCCCAGAAGGACUUCUAGGACCAAGAGGAGAGCCGGGCAAGCCAGGAGAUCCAGGACCAUCUGGAAAAUCUGGACUUCCUGGAACACCAGGCCUUAGAGGAGACAAAGGAGAACCAGGAAACCCUGGAAUACCAGGCUUCAGUGGGCCCAAGGGACCUGCGGGUCCACCUGGUCCAACGGGCCCUGAAGGAAAACAGGGAAUACCCGGUCGAGUUGGAGAUCGUGGCCUAAGAGGAGAUAAGGGAGACCCGGGCACAAAGGGAGAAAAAGGACAGAGUGGAGAUCCUGGCAUGCCUGGAAAUCCUGGUCCCCCAGGCAGAAAGGGUCAUACAGGGAUGAUGGGUAUGUCGGGACCACCAGGUGAAAUCGGAGCCCCAGGGCCUCAGGGACCUUCAGGAAAUCCUGGGCUCCCAGGACCCAGGGGGGAGUCAGUGUCACUGGAGCAGAUGAGAAGGCUUGUCCAGGAGGAGCUGGCCAAGCAAUUAGAUGCCAAAAUAGCUUACCUCAUGGCUCAGAUCCAGCCUUCCCAUGUAAAGAGUACAGCGGGUCGUCCUGGACCACCAGGCCCUCCAGGUAAAGAAGGCAGCCCCGGGCGACAAGGCCCACCCGGAGAACCGGGUAUGCCUGGACAAAAUGGAGGCGAAGGCCCGAGGGGACCCAUGGGCCCUAAGGGUGAUAAAGGAGCAAGGGGAGAGAAAGGAGAACCUGGUGUCGGUGAGAGAGGAGAGCAGGGACCAGUUGGUCCAAUGGGUCCAGCUGGUAUGCCCGGAUAUGGCAAAGACGGAAGCCCGGGACAGGCUGGAGCCCAGGGAGAGCCAGGAAACCCCGGGCCGCAUGGUCAACCUGGACCUCCAGGUCCUCCUGGGCAGUGCGACCCCAGCCAAUGUGCCUACUAUGCCAGUCUGGCUCAAAGACCCCACACUAAAAACAUAAAGGGGUAAUAGGAAACAGGAGACUCACAGAGCUGGAAGUUUGGCUGUAUUUAUGAACUUUGUUGAGUCAUAUAAAAUCAAGAACAUUUUUUUUUUCUUUUAAAUCAACCUUGCUACAGGGGUUCUGACGCAACAGGUGCUGCCGGUCAGGUUUUUCAUUUACUGCUAUCAAGCUUGGGUUUGGGUUGUCAUAGGGGACGGAGCAACGUGGAGCACUUCCGAUCAGGGGCAUAGAGGGCAGCUAAAGUUGUUUUUUUACUUGCAUACUGUCUGUAAUGAAUAUAGGAUCAUAAAUGUAAUGUUUCCGCUUAUUUCAAGGUUUAUCUUCCUGCUUCCCUUCAGUUAUCCAUCACAUCCCACACUACACCACGUCACUCACCGUUUGCUAAAUAAAUCUCUUGCCAUGGGUCUUCCACCCAUCAGAUGGUGGUUACUCAGACAUGGAUGUUCUUUCUUUUUCUGUCGCUGAGGGUGGAAGCAGACAUUUGAAGCAAACAACAGAAGCUAUUGCGUGUGGGAGGAGGUUCCAAACAGCUUCUUAUCUCCAUGCCAGAGUUUUUCAGUCACCUCGUUGCAUAUAGUCUAAAAAAAAAACUCCCAAGCAGCCGUUUUGCACAGCCUUUACAAGAAAAAAACGUUCAAAAGACAAAAACAGACGCAGGAAGGAAAUGUUUUGUUUAUUUUUGCUUAUAAUGUCCCCAAAGUAUCCGUUGACCUGUAUUGCAAGAAAAUUUAUGGAGGGGCUUUCUUAAAAAAA